AUGACGCUCGACGACUUUUUCACCUUGACCGAGAUGAAUAACGGGCUCACUGCCCCUUCUCGAGUCAAUGAGCUUGUGUCCGUCAUGCAGAAGCAGAAAAAUGACAUUGUGAAGAACGUGAAUGAAGCAACUAGGCAGUGGUCAGCUGUCGGGAGUGCUAUAGUUGCCACUGAGAACCGAGAAUGUCUCGACCUUUUCAUCCAUUUAGACGGCCUUCGAUUUUUGGGCUGCUGGCUCAAAGAAGCUCAUAAAUUUGGGAAUGACCCAAACAACUCCUUUCUCGAAGAGUCAGUUGCUCGUCUGCUGCAAGCUCUCGAACGGCUUCGUGCGGACCGCGAGAUUCUGGUGUCCAGUGAGGUAUGGACAGCUGUCGAGGAUUUAAAAAGCCACAGUAGUGCUAAAGUGCGGGAUAAAGCUCGAGCUUUGUUCGAUAGCUGGACGACGAGUGAUGACGUGGAAAAGAUUGAAUCUUCGGUAGAUGACUAUGAAAAAGGCAAAAUAUUAUCAGGAGAUGAUCGAAUGGUAUCUACUAGUUCGCCUGCUGUGCAUGCUGUUGAAGAAAAUCGCAAGUCAGAUAAUAUAUCUGAUUCUUUAACUCCCUUGCCAAAUCCCGAUUUGGAAACUGUUAAUCAUUCUUCGGGAAAGGAUUCGGUUGGAUUGUGUAAUCCGGCCAAAAAUGGAAGUACAACAGAGAACAUAGAUUCUGGAGAAAAAAACAAUGCUUCAGAAAGCAAACCCGAGGUUGCACUAAAAUCGGGUUCGCGUAUUUUUUCUCCUUCCAGAGAUAUGAGUCCAUGUGGUGAGGACAUGGAUGAGAAGAGUACCAAAGAUGAAGCUUCCGAGACAGAAAUUUCAGAUCACAAAGAACAACACAGUCAAAAUUCUUCUGAGAAAAAGCCAGAUUCCCCCAAACCCGAUAGCAGAAGCAAAUCGCCAGCUGGCGAAAAGAACCUAGAUAAGGAUAGAAGCCCGUGUGGUUUCGACCUGAACCAAGACAUGCAUUCGGACGACACUGACCGUCGGAUUUCGACGCCCGUUCCCAUCAUAUCCUCUUCGAGAGCCGCUUUAGCUCGCGGGCCCCCUUCUUCCCCUUUGCAAUUUGAAGGAAAUCUGGGGCUGAAAAUCUCGGCCUCAGCCAGCGCUUUCCGGCCAGCUUCUCCCCGGCAGCCACAAAGCUUUUUUGAUAUUGAUCUCAACUCGUCAGGAAAUUCCGAGGCUGGUGGGCCCCACUCUCUCCGCCUUGACCUGAACCUCGCGGGUGAGCCUGCAGACAGUACUGCUGUGGGUAUUAAUCUGAAUGAUCGGCCGGCGCAAAAUUUCGAUUUGUUCGGUGGGGGUUUGAAAGUGGAAGACUCGGUUAUAUCGAUCAUGGGGAAGAGGGUGGAGGUGGAGACUGAUAAGGGGUCUGUUUACGCUCCUCCGAUUAUGGGCUUUCCUAAUGGGCCUGUGAUACCGUACAGCCAUUAUGGUAACAAUGAUGUUGGGCCUGGGCCCAGUGGGCCAGUUCAUUACGCACCUGUUCCCCAGAUUUUGGGGACUCCAGCGUCUUUGCAGGCUAGUUUCUCUCAAACAUCACCCUUUUUCUUGAACCUGACGGGCCCAAGCCCGUCAAACGGGCUUGGGGCUACUGGAGUUAUCGCGAAUGGGCCUGAAGGUGUUGGGCCUUCACGGGGGAGUUUGGAUCUCAACUCGGGAAUGGGAAUGGGGGAAGGUGGGAGCCAGAAUCCUGUGGGCUUCAUGCAGUUCUUGAGCCCGAGUGGAGUUGGGCCCGUGGGGGAGCAGCAGAAGCCCGACUCGCAGCCCAGUAUGAGUUCAGCUGUGGGAGGGAAAAGGAAAGAGCCGGAUACUGGGUGGGAAAAUUACCCUUUUAAUCAUUAUACGUCUCCAUGGAAGUAG